AUGCAGAGCGCGGCCUCCUCUUUACCCCAACACGCGCCAGCCAAGAGAAAGGUGGCGAUGACAUCGGUGCGCCUGCCAGGCCUGGCUAUUUUGGAUCGAUUACUCUGCAGGGAAGCUGCUGCUGUAAGGUCCGGCUCGGGUGCCCACCCAAAAGAGUCUCUCUUCGCGGAGAGGAAGCGCGGCAAUGUGACUGAUGCCGUGACUGCCAACUGCAGCUCUAUCUCGUUGCCACGCCUCGCCUACACGCACUCGUCCGUCAUCGGCACUGCAAUCCUUCCAACCCGCUUGCAACUCGCAACCCGCAACCACCACGACCAGCUCCGCUACACCUCUUACCUCGCACCUUCACCCUCCAGGUCGUCGCUGGACAGUUGCAGCAUCCGAGACCGGCCUCUUGCCACACGACCUACCCUCUCAUCGCCCUGCAACAUACUACCCGACGAGUCUUCUCUUCGCAAGCUCGGUCGACUGCUGCAACGCACAUCUCGUCGCAUCGUUGCCUCGAUACCCACCUCAGGCGUCCGCUAG